UAAAGAUAUUUAAUUUAAAGUGUUUUUCAAUUGAAAUAUUAUAAUGAAAGAGCUAAAUGUUGCAGUCCUGAUUGUACUAUGUUUGAAUAAAAUAUGGAAUGGUCACAUCUGGAACACCUUUGAUUAUAAAUCUGCCAGAAGUGAGGAACAGAGCAAGCCUAUUGUCUAUAAAGAAUAAUCAACAUAUUAUUCAACUAUGUAUCAUAUGAUAUAAUACUUUAUCUGCAGCACCAGUAGAUUUUGUGAGCACGAAAAAAAAAAAAGAGGAAAAACAAUUCAGAUAAAGACCACCACUGAUAUGUCCAAAUUUAAGGCAGCAGGAAAGUAAAAUUAAGAAAUAUAUACAAAAAAAUAUAACCUUUUUUUUUUAUUGUGAAAAUGUAUCAAGAAGACAAAACUCUAAAACGCCACAAAAAUACAGCUCAGCUUUUGAGUCAAGAGGAUGUUCCACCUUUCAUAGAUGAUGCCCAGGCUGAGAGUGAUUUUGAAGAGAAAGGUCUCACUGUCUCUGAGCACUUUACUUCCUUGGUGUAUGGAUUCCAACUUGAUAAACACUACAGCCAUGAAAAAACCAAUGCCAGUAUAAUGGAAGUAACUUAUAACAACCGGCUUCGACAAUAUAUCAUUCUGGACACACGUGGAAUUGUUUCCUGGAAACCAGAUUGGAUAGAUUCUAAAGUAAAACGAGUUCUGCUGUACCCAAAAUAUCAACAUCGUGUCAUCACUAAGCUGCAAUAUGUCAAGAAAUAUAACUGCUAUUUCAUUCUCGACAAAGAGUUUACUGUCAAGGUUCUCAAUAAGGAUUUUGAAGAGGUUUAUAUAAUGAAUUCUGGAACAAUAGGAGCCUCUUUUAUGGUAUUCAACUCUGUUACAGAUGAAUUAUUUACUGGGGGGAUUGGUGGAACUAAGGUUUGGCAGUAUCAAAGAGUCUCUUCACAAAUGUUUAAAGAAAUAAAACCACUAUCUGACUAUGAAUUGAAAUUAAAAAAAACUUUGCCAAAUGUUGGAGGAAGUUGGGUCCAAAAGAUUGAAGUUAACACUACCACACAUCAUCUCUACUGCUGCUCUGAAAUGGAUGUACAUGUGUACAAUAUGCGGGGAAAUCUUCUGUAUCGAAUAGAACGAGCCCAUACUGAGGCAAUAACUGGAUGUUGUUUCUCUUCACAAGCCAAGGUCAUUGUAACUGCAUCCCAUGACACAACAGUGAAAGUCUGGAGUUCAAUUGGUGGAUUGCUACAUGUUUUCCAUGAACACACAAGAUCUGUAUCCAAUCUUCAGCUCCACCCAGAAAACUCUCUUAUGUUCAUAACAAGCUCUCAGGAUGGAACCAUAAGAAUUUGGUCUCUAGAGACAAUGGAUUGUCUUUACUGUGCUCUUGUGUCUGGCAAUAAUAAUCCCAUGUGGAUGUUUUUUACUGAUGAAAAUCAAUUGGUCACAUGCACAGCUGAAGAGAUUUCUGUUUGGUUCCUUAACUACUUUGUUAACUUUUGGGGAUUAAUGCGCUCUAGUGUGUCACACAUGUCAUUACAAUAUGGAACUGCACCGAAAACUACAAGACUCUUGGCUGUCGGAGAUGAUGGAAGUAUACGUUUGUUUGCCCAAAAAAGUCACAAAAAGCUGUGUACCAUUCUUCCUCCUCCAUGUUUGUCACCCCUUGAAGAACUUCCAGGAUUUUGUUACAGUAGAGACCUGAAUCUUGUCUAUUUGCUUCUUUCAACUGAUAUACUGUGGAUUUAUACUUCAAGAUCCGAUCCAGCAUGUCGUUUGGCUGUAUGGAAUAUUAAGAAAAUUCAAUCAAAUAUCUUAACCAAGACUAAACAAUACUCAUCUGUGGCGAAUAAUGGUACAUUUCUUACACCAGCUGCUGACCUUGUCUCAGAAGAAAUAAGUCAAUGCAUAUCAAUUGGUUUCUUAUCUUCUCCAGUAGAAAUAUCUCCAGAAUCCAGCACAGAUUCCAUCAAUUCUGAUCAUUUCUUACUCUGGGGACUGAAGGAUGGCAGAAUUUUAUUUAUGGAUCCAAUAAAGAAAGGAAUCAAGCACAUGGAACUAAAGGCUUCAAAAGGUCCUAUCAUGAAGCUUCAUCACAGUAAAGAACAUAAUUCUCUAGCUGCACAGACUCAUGAAAGUGAUCACACAUUGAUUCAAAUAUGGAGUUUACCAUCUUUAAUUCUUCACUUUAGCAUCACAAGUGAGCAGAAUUUAACAGCAUGGACAAGACUUGAAAAUGCUCUUUUAACUGGACAUGAUGAUGGAGUUUUAACAUGGUAUCUGCUGACUCCUACAAAGGAUUCUGAUCUGGAAAAUACAGGAAAAUCUCCAAAACAUACUUUUGGCCAGAAAUAUCUCAAUACCUUUGGUCAUAAACAAGCAGUUAUAGCACUUGACACAUGCAGUAAAAGGAAAAUAUUUUGUUCAGGCAGCUGUGAUGGGAACAUAAAGAUCUGGGACAUGUCUGGAACAAUACUCCAAGAAAUAAUACUGAAUAUAUCUCUAGGAUCUGUAUGUUUUUUAAAUAAUAAAGCUGAUCUGUUGAUUGCCUUUAACAGUCAUAUUUUCUAUGUUCCUCAUUCGAAAGUAUGUCCUUUCAUGGAACAAAUCAGCUUGGAGGAUUCUUCUUCAGCUGAAGAUUCUGAUAUUUAUGAAGACUUCUUUACAGAGAAACAAAAAGAGCAAAAUAUAGAUUCAUAUUUGAUGCCAUAUGAUAUUAACGUUUCAAAACAUUUCUCUGAAGAUAAUUUUCCCGAACUGAAAAUCAAAGAGUGUGAAGAGCAAGAGGAAGAUCGAGAUUCAUUUAAAAGCCAAUAUAUUUAUGGUGCUCCAACAGAAAUAUAUUCAUCUCCAAAAGAACAAUGCAACUGGUCCUGGCCAUCGAUGUCUUCCCUAACAGACGGAGACUUAGAAAUGUUUUCCCAGAAUGCUCACCUUCAGUACCCACUGCUUACAGAUUCUCCUACAGAAUUAAACAACCAAUCACCAAGUGAAGAAUUAUCAUUGACACAUUCCAUAACUGACAAGUCAGAUGACUUCACUCUACCAACUUGCACGCAGGGAAUAGAUGAAGUAGAAGGCGAUACAAUGACUUCAGUUGAUGUAGUUGCUGAAAAUGUUUCCACAAUAAAAAAUGAUGACUUGGAUACUGAAGCAACCAAUUCUAGUUUUUCUUCUGGCACGCCAAUUGUUUCAUCAAAGAUCUCAUCUGAGAAUGUCCAAAUUGAUGCUUGUAGUUACACAAAUUAUAAUAAUGUAACUGAGGAGCCCAAAACAUCAUUGGUAACAGAUCGUGUUCUGACAGGAAGUGCCAGUUCAACAUCAGAAGACUUGAAAUUAAAAGAGAAUACAACAAAGGAAGAGGAAAAUGUUCGUGCUAGUCCUGUCGUUGGCGAUGUCAGAGAAGUGGGGAAGAAAACUAAAAUGAGGAGGACUGAAAGCUUGAAGAUUCUGCCACCAAAGACGGGAUUUAGUAGUGCAACACAUCUUGCCAGGAAGUCAGAAGAAAAACCAAAUGUGGUGCACAUAGAAAUUGAGCCAGAACAAUAUCACCACCCACCAAUAAGAAGGUCGACUUCGCUGACUGGAAAGAAACUUCACCAGAACCUUUCGGCAAACUGGAGCAGACUUGACAAUACAGAAAGCAUUUUACCAACUGGAAAUCAGACUGGAAAAUCCAGACAAAAUGUUUAUCACUCCAACAUUCAAAGAAAAUUCUACAAGCAAUUUGAAAAAUUUGAAACUGAAGGAAAAGUGGACACAUCAAAAAAAUCUUUAACCGGAUCAUCAAAAUCCAGAAUAGAAGCUAAGUCAAGAGAUCAAUUGCACGAUGACCCUGAUAGAGAGAGUAUGGAAUUUUACCCAUUCACAGAACCAUCAUUUGGACACAGAUAUUCUGAAGAUCUUAAAACAGAAUUUGAAAUGCGUUUGGCUCAUUUUGCAAGAAAAUUCUCAUGCCACAGUUCUGAGAAAACUCCAUGCCAUAUAUUAUUUGAAAGUGGUCAAACUAUUGAGUUUGGCAAAGAUUGGGUUGAAAGACAUAUUGAAAGAUACAUACUUCUCCUAAUGCUGCAAAAGUUGAGAGCCCAAACAGCUAAAGAGAAGCGUUCAAGAUCUUUAUCUCACAAUGACUAUAAAGAAAGAGUAUCUUACCCAUUGUUUAAUUCCGUUGUAUGGACAAACCCUGAAGUAAACAAUAUAGAAUUACGGCAAAAAAUUGGAUACUUGAAGAAUACUCUUUUCAAUAGAAAGCUCUUAAAACAGAAAGAACUGAAUCAGUUUAAAUUAUUAUCUCAACCAUCAAAUGAGCAAUCUUUCUUUGAUAUUAAAAAUCUUUUCGCUAUUGAUAAAUUGUUGUCAAAUGUAGAGAACAAAAAGCAAAGAGGCUGGAGCACGUCUCUAUUUAAAAGACGACAUUCAGCUAAGCAAAAAAGCACUUCAAUGUCUUCCAGUGUUGAUAGUCAAAACUUAGUGGACUCUUAUUAUGAACAGAAUUACAAAACAACAAAUACCAUCUACAAGUUUCGAUUUACAGUACACAGAAAUAAGAAAACAGGUGGUUCAAACUACAAAAUCCCCAAUCUUCCAAAUAACAUUUGGACCUCUGUACAUCCUCGACCUUUUGUACAUACAAAAUCAAUACCUGUAAAUGACCGCGAUUAUGAAAUUAUCGAAAACUCUGAAAAGAAUACACCGGCAUAUCUUCAACCAACACGCUUUGAAAAAAGAUUGCUGAGUGUGCGAUUUCCUGUAAAAGAACGAGAAUACUGCAAAUUAGUGACAGUGCAAAAUUUAGUGUUUGAACCCGAAUCUACUUCCGAGACUAAGUAGGGUUAGACGAUAAUUCACUUAAAAAAAAAAAAAAAGUAUUCUACAAUAUUUCUUUGGACAAUUCCAUUUAAGUUGAUCUGUAAGUUAUAGAUGUAUUUAUUAAUCAAAGAAAAUACUUCUUACUUCUUGAACAAUUUCCUAAAGCCUAAAAUGUGAAGAGCAACUUUCUAUAUGAAUUGAACAUGAUUAGCAUUGAAUACCACUGGUGUCCUUACUUGGCACAGCUUAACACAAAUGUUUUGUUUAUCCAUGCUGAUUAUCUUUUGAUGUUAUGUAACUGGUGUCUCUAUUGUGGAAAUAAUAUUCAGUGAAUUCCGAUUGCCUACUCUUCUUCAGCACAGCGUUUGUUUUAAGCUUUUGUAUUCACCGAAUCGAAUAUUUUUGCUUCCCAACUGUAUGGAUGAGAGUAUAUUGUCACUGUCACAUGAUGGGCAAGUGACUCUCAUAGCUUCAGGUUGAGCAAUGCCUUGAUGCUUUGUGAAAUGAAUUUGGCAGAUGGAAGCUGUACAUAUACCUGUAUAUCUUUUGUUGACAUAUUCACAAAAUAAAAAGCAUCAACAAGAAGACAAAUGCACAGGUGCUUUCAGAUAAAAAUCCCUUGAGUUAUUUGUUCUGCCCAAGUUACACAGACUGACUCAUUGAAAAGCUAUAAGCCAAAGCACUAUUGUUUAUAAAAUACAAUAUAUAUAUAUAUAUAUAUAAAUAAAGAAAAAAUUGAAAUAUCUCACUAGGGUGGUAGUAGUAUUUUAGCAGGGAUUGAUAAUAGAUAGCAGUUGUUGUUUAACCUUUCCAUUACCAUAUUUAUAGUGAAAUAACACUGUUACUAAUAAGCUGGAAUUUGGAAGAUAAAUUCACUUGAAAUUUAGAUCACUUCAAAACAGAGACUUUGUGCCACCAAACCAGUGGUUGUCAUGAGUGGAUUGGUAUGAAAGGGGUUAAAGUGAAGGGUAAGAGGUUUUCUUUUUUGCAAAUUCAUUGCAUUAGUAUUUGUCUCUGGUUGCUGAAAAAUGCAUUAACUGCCACAUGUACCAUCAGUGGUUCAUUGUAAAUUUCACACAACCAUCAUAUGCACCAGUGGUGGUACAUUUUCAUAUUUUAUUCUUUAUUUUUGACAUAGUUUGAAGGACAUGUAAAUAACAUGAUUGCAAAACUAUUAAAGUUUAAUUAUGAAAUAGUGUAAAAAUGCCAGGAAAUUACAUUUCCUUGUAAUAAAAUACGCAGUGUGACUAGAAAUAUGUGGCACCUCCAGUAAGUUCUAAUAACAGGCCAUAGCAGUUAACAUGUUAAUGGAAGAACUAGACAUCAACCACAUAGAGGCUUCCUUGAAAGUUCUUGAACUUUUCAGUAAGUUACUUAAGAAGUUCAAAAUCUAAAAACAAGAAAGGUAACUCCAAUAAGAUCAGUUUGAAAAUGUUUGGACACUAUAUACAUUUGGAGUGAAUCACGUCUUUGAAGCCAAUUGGUCAGGUUUCAAGUUUAUU